UUUAUUUAGAAUGACAAACCAAUGUUAAAUUGAUAACAUCUUGUUAAAGAUACUGUUAAAAAUGUUUGACAGUAAACUAGCAAUUCAGUAGAUUUUGUGGAAAAUGUUCUGAAGGUAUGGUACAAAUGUUCCUGAAUAAUUUAUAGAUGCAAGUGAAUCAAAUACUUUUAGCAUAUUAUUAAUGAAGUAUCGUGCAAUCAGCAAAAUAGGUUAAGAGCUGCAAAAAUGUUUCAAUAGAUGGAUGUUUGGGUGCUUUUGAUUAAACAGGGUAUUAUGUUCUGCCUAGGAAGGGAUGUCUUUAACCAAGCCUCUAGAAAUAGAGUUAUAGUCUUGGUUAAUAUGGGCUAGAUCCCCCCUCCCAAAAGCGAGUAGAAGGAAAAUAACUUCAAUAAAUAAAUCCUGCAUGAUUCUUCACACAGACCUCUGAUAGGUAGCUCUAAUAUCAGCUAUAUUGUACAAGAAAACAGCUUUUGGGAUUCAGUUUUUCCCCCAGUUGCACAGUUCUGUAAUGCAAGGUGUUAAAAAGCCCUUCCGUAGGCAGAACACACAUUCAGUAUGUUAAUCAGGCAUCCUUAUAUUCAAUCCAUUGGUUUGGGAAAUAAGCGAUACACUAGGGGAGAGCAAGAUAUGUGCUCAAGGUUUUACUAUAGUGCAUGCUACACUAAUUUUUUUAUUAUUGUCAUGAAAAUUAGAAUCUGAUUUGAAACAAAAGCCCCUUCCUUUUUUUGGGAAAAAAAAAACAAGUUGCAGAAAGCAUAUCUCACAUUAAAAUCUUUACUUUCUCUUUUGCACAGGAAAUAAGAUCCUGUAGUUCUGCAAUUUUGAGGCAAAAAUAGAAAGUUGAACACUUCUAAACCAUUUUGUGAAUUGCCAUAAUUUUCUUGCUGCAGCUUGCUACAUUAACAGAGCUCUUUAUCGAGCAGCAGUUAUUGAUUAUUUUUGUGUUAUGCAUAAAACUAGUAGGCAUUAUAUUAAAAAUGUUCUUUGUAAUGGCCGUUAUUAAAAUUCCUUUGUAUAAUCCAGUGAGGCUGGCUUGAUAUGGUAUGUUAAAUGAGCUGUAGGUCUUGUUAGCAAUGCCAGUCAUAGAGCAGAAGCCCUGUUGCUACCAUUGUGAGAUCUCUAGUGCUUUUCUCUGUACCACUAUAUAAACUACAUUAUGGGUUACUGUUUUCUGUGCAUGACCUUUAAUAGUUCCACUUCUAUAAACCCCCCCCCCCCAAAAAGAUUGUUCUCCACUGUUGACAUCACUGAAUACAUUAACAUCAGUAAAAUUAAAAAUUUAAUUUUUGUUUGUAAAAAUUUAACUUUGUAACUUUCAAGGGGGGGGCUAGAUUAUUAGUGUAAUGACUGUUUAUAUAUUUCAGUACCACAAAGAGUACUGCUGUGGGAUCUGUUGCAGAAAAAGGGGGUCUCCAAAGUCAAUUUUAGGUAUUAAUAAUAGCUAUUUCAUCAAAAUUAAUUUAUAGAUACCCCAGUUUCUGUUUCAAUAAAAGGUGAUGUUCUUACAAUGUACUAUUUCAUUUUGUCUUGUAAAAUUUAUUACUUAGCAUUGUUUCAACAGAAAACAUUUGGUGACCUCUCCAAAAGAUAUGAAUUAAGGGAACGGUUGCAAUGUAAAAACUUCACAUGGUAUCUUAGCAAUGUUUUUCCUGAAGCAUAUGUACCUGACCUGAAUCCUCCAUUAUCUGGAUUUCUCAAAAAUGUUGGAAGAAGAGCAUGUCUGGAUGCUGGUGAAAAUAAUCAAGGUGGCAAGCCAUUAAUUAUGUAUACUUGUCAUGGGCUUGGAGGAAACCAGUACUUUGAAUAUUCUGCACGUCAUGAAAUUAGACACAACAUCCAGAAGGAGUUAUGCCUACAUGCUUCUCAGGGAGCUGUACAACUUUAUGAGUGCAGCUACAAAGGAAAUAAAAGCAAAACUCCUGGAGAAGAAAAAUGGGAGAUCAGAGAGGGCCAGUUAUUGUACAACGCAGCAUUAAAGUUGUGCCUUACAGGAAACAGAGAACAUCCAAGUAUGGUAUCAUGUAAUCCCUCAGACCUCUUCCAAAAAUGGAUUUUUGGACAAAACACUUAAGCCCUGCUACUGAUAAUUAGAUAUUUUAUAAAUAGUAACAGCAUCUCCUUCAUUUAAUUUAACUUAAGUUAUGCAAGCCAGCUAAUUUGUAAAAUAUUUUAAAGCAUUUUUACCUGGCAACAAAUCCAAAGAAUACAUAGGUUUCUCAAAUGUUGGGAAAUGUUUAUAUAAUACUGGAAAUUGUAUUUCCAAUUUAAUGUUUUUUAAAAUAAAACUUCUGUCUUUAAAAUGUUGGAAUUCUCUAUGGUUUGGGGACAGUUUCUAAGUGCUUUAUAUGCAUAUAUACAAGUUAAUAAAUAUGGAGGAAUUUGUCAGUAAAGGUUAGGAUAUUUUUUUUCUUCUAUAGAAGCUGUAGAGUGUCUUAUGAUGUCUUUCAUCAUUUUAAACCAAUGAGUUGUCUUACAAAGCCCCUUUUUGUUGUAGAUGUUCAUAUAGACAGCUGAAUUUGGUUUAUCUUAGGAACAUCUAUUAAAUACAUCAGCUCCUUUGAAAGUAUAGGGUUUUUUCGCCACAUUUGAUUAAUGAAAAAGAUAUUCUUGAGCCCUUUACCAUACUAUUGCUCCUCAUAUACUACUAUUCUGGAGGUCCCCUAUUUCCUGUCAUUUUAUUAUGCUUUUGUUCAAUAUGUUUAUCAAUAUUGAACUUGGUUUUAGUUUCUAAGUCUGAUUACAAAAUUGUUAUAUAUUGGUAGGAAAAAUAUUUAUAAUUUUUCCUGAUGUUAUACAGCACUAGUUUAUUUGAUAAUUUUGAUGGAUUUUUUUCCUUUUUGUGUUUUGUACAUAUUUCAGAUUUCUAUAUUUGUAAUUAGUAUUUUUAUCUUGUAAAUGUUUUUAUGUAUAAAAUCAUUCAGAACAUGAAGCUACCAAAACAUGGUAAAAAAGUGUCUUUUACUACUUUAAUUCAAUUUAACAUGUUGGGUGUACAAAUAUGAUUUCUUCAUGCAAAGAAUUUUAGCAAAGUGUCUUGCUGGUUACAAAUAUUAUAAUCAAAUACCUUAAUUCAGAAUUGCUAUUCACUUUUUCUUUAUUUGUUUUUGUGAAUGAUUUAAAAAUG